UUAAUUUAGAAUUUUAGAUAUGUAAUUUUUUUUAAGAAAAAAAAAAUCCAAUAUAAGACCAAGAAUAAUUAUACGAAGUGAAUAAAUAAAUUAUGCUUAUCUUUUACUCGUUCAACAUAAUUUUACACCUGUACAAUUAAGCCAGAAAAAAAGGUCUUUAUGCAACAAUUUAUCAGGCCCAAUAAAACCCAAUUAAAAAAUGGGGCCCAAUAUCAUAUUGAAGAAGUCCAUUCUACUGUACAGCCCAAAACCAUUAACGUUAAGUCUUUUAAAUUUUGUAAAUUACCGAAAAUACCCCUUUUAUGACCCAAAAAAAAAAAAAAAAAAAGGAAAAAGGUUUGAGUAAAUGAUAAGCUGCUCCAACGGCUAGUUUUCCAGAAGUGAGAUCUGUUGUUCUUUUGUUCAGGUUGUUUGUUCAAAACAUUACAUUCUUCUUUCUAAUCUUGCAUUAUUCUCUUGCUUUCUCUCUCCUUAAUCCCUCUUAUACUCAUCCGAUCAAUCGCGCUUUGCUCAAAAACUAAUUAUUUCUUAAGAGUUUGUUGUUGAGAUUAAUUGAUAAGCUAAUAAACAAAAAAAUGGGAGAAAAAUUUCAGCUGACAUCAUCCAUGGAAAGAGAAGCUGAGGUAGAAGAGUUUUAUGAAGAAAUCGAAGCUCCCAAGUUCGUCGAUUUCACACUUCCUAAUCAUUUCUCCCCUGAUGAUUGCUUUUGGUUCUGCUCUCGAGUUGGGUGUGACCAACAACAUAUGCAGGAGAUGGAUUCUGAAGCCAUUUACAAGAAUUUCGUGCUUCGGGUAAUGGCUGCAAGGAGUCCUAAUGUACGAUUUCGACGAGCCUUAAGCCGAAAACCUCCAAGUGAAAGUAAGAAAUGCCCAUUUUCGGCGCCUCCAAAGUCUUCGAAAUCCAGGCUGCAAAGAUUAGGAUUAGUUUCUUGUUCAAUCUCUACAAGGCUUUUUAAUGAAGAGAAAGGAAAGACGAAGGCGGUCGUUGCAAAUGUAAAGCCUGCUUCAACUCCUAAAGCUAGGGUGAAGAAUGUUGCUGCUAAGUAUAUGACUUCUCCUAGGAUGAAAAGGGGGAGUUCUCCUAAGCCUAGUGCCUUCCGAAGUGUACGAAACCCGAUGAAAACGAGCAUUUCGUUACCAAAGAGUAAGGUUGUUUCUAAGGCUUUGGUGUUCAACUCACCUAAGAAAGCUCUAAAGAAGAAGGUGUCGGAGGAGCUGGAUACCCCUAUAAGUAAGUUGUGUGCAGGGGUGAAGAGGCUUGAGAUUAAUAGCCAAAAGAAGGGUAAUGUUACUCGUAAACCGUCCAAGGAUUGUACGAGUGAAAAGAAAAAGUUGCCCUUGGAUCGUUCAAGAAAGGUACUGGGUUCCUCCAAGGUGAAGACACGGGAGGUUGAUUCCAAACUCCCAAUAAGUGUCCAGAGCAAGGCCAAGGCGAAUAAGAGGAAGCAUGCUGGUGCUGCUCAACUAGAAGUUGAAAAGGGUGGAAAUGAAUAUAGUGAUAUGGAAAUUGAUGACAAGUCGAGGUGUGGCUCUUUGGACUUGGGAUCAGCAACAGUAAAGCCGAAGGCUGAAGAUCAUAGCAGCUCCCAAGAAGAAAGGACAUUAACCUCGGAUAGGCCUAUGACAGGUGAAAGUUCAGGGGCAGUAUCUUUGAACACUCAGAAGACUGAUAUGCAGUCAGGUACAGUUUCAGAUGACAAAGAUUCAGCAGGUCCAGUUUCAGAUGACAAAGAUUCAGCAGAAGUGAGCACUGAGGCAGUUCAAGCUCCGAAAGCAGAUGAACAAAGCCAAGAGAAGGACAAUACAAUUACAGAUGAUCUUGAAAAUCAGAAUCCAGGAGUAGUCAGUAAACUCGAGGACAACGAUGACAAAGAGAAUGCUUUGACUUCUGCUGAUAUCAGGAACUUGAACAGCAACAAUCUCAGCAAACACGAUGCACCUGUAAAACUCAAGGUGGUCAAAACAAAGCAGAACUCUCAAAAACUGGACAAAAAUUCGAAAGAAAACUGUCCUGCAGAAACUGGUGGUACACAGGGAUUAAAGAACAAGAAACUCAAGCCAACAAACCCUAAGCCUUUUAGGCUAAGAACUGAUGAAAGAGGAAUUCUGAAAGAGGCAACCCUAGAGAGAAAAGUUAAUUCCCAUGAAAUUUCAUCAACUACAAGUGAAAACUCACAGGGAGUAUCUGACAACAAAGAGAAAGGAGGCAAGAAAGAUGAGGGCAAACUUAAACCAAUCAAGAGCAGAUACAUGACAUUAAAGGGACUAAAGCCAAAGUUGGAGAAGAGCUCUGGAGUUGCCAAAUAUCCUACCCUGCAGAAACAUGAUAUUGGACCUCAGAGGGAAAUCGAUUCUCAUGUGAAAUCUCAGGGACGCAGUGCAAUUGAAAAAUCUAAAACUAUAUCGAGACCAAAGGAAUCAAGAAAACAGGGAAAGGAGGCUGUUGAACCAACAAAGAAAGCUUCUGAAGCUCAGAAAUCAGCAACAAAGGGGAAAAGGCCAGUAACUAUCCCAAGAGAGCCAAAUUUUCAGAGUUUGCAUAAACCAAAAAGCUGCACAAGAAACAAAUGAGGAUUUGAACAAUUGACACAUUUAGAGUGAAUUCUUUUUGUCAAGUUUCUAGAGUGAACAAUUCCUUUUCUUUUUGGUGAUUUGGUUCAAUUAAUUCAUUGAAUAUCUUAAUUGUAUUAAAGAACAAAGUGUGUGCAUGUACUUCACAAUUUUACAUAAAAGAGUGUGUCUUCUUGGUUUUAAUGGAAAGUAAGUGUUGUAACCAUUAUCCCAUUUGUUCUUCUCAUGUGGUUGAUUAAGUUUUUUUGGUUUGAUUGUGUUGAAUCAAAGGAAA